CACAAGCUGGAAUCGAUAGGCAGACACAACGCCCAAUAACCAGCAAAUAUCAUCCGUGAUGCGUCUUCAGAUUCUCGCCAGCGCUCUUGCGCUCAGCGGUUCCGCCGCCGCGUUCUCAGACUCAUGGCCAUUGGUUAUGUUUUCUACCUCCAAGUUCUCCGAUGCACCCAGCAACAACCACAUCCAGACGCGAUCCCAAGCUCUCGAGCAGGUUCAGGACCUCUUGACUUCAUGUCCGACCGAAAAUUACGUCCUGAUCGCCCAUGAGGGUGUCAACGCCGCUGAUCUUCGACGAUCGAACUCCAUGUCCAAUCUUCACCAUGCUAUCGGCCGCAAGGAAAUUCAGGGCAAGUUUAUUGUUCCUGAGGUUGUUGGCGAGUCGAUCGAUGCGGCUGCGAUCCAGGACUACAUUAAGAGGGCGUGUUAUGAGCAGGCAAAAAAGGUUCAGCCUCAUUUCACCCUAAUCAAGGCUUCCAAGAAUGAGGAAGAAGUUAUCAAGCAGUGGGAGGAGAGUGAGCAAUGGUUGAACGAUUCAUACACUGUCCUUUUCGUUGGCACGCCAUCCACCAAGGCCAAGACCACCGCAUCUAAGACCGAGAAGACCAUCUACGAGCCCGAAUUCAUCGAGCCUCUGCACAUGGACUUGAAGCGCGAUGUCUCGGGCAAUGCGGAGAAGCCUGGCAACGCCACGCGCGAUACCCGUGGUCUAUUUGAGAAGUACCAGUUCUUUACUCCUGGUAUCUUCAUGGGAAUCAUCGUUGCCAUUGUGUUGUUCUCCCUGCUUGGCGUUGGUCUGCGGGCUCUGGCUAGCCUCGAGGUCUCCUACGGCGCUUUUGAGAAGGACAUGGGCCCCGCUGCUCAAAAGAAGCAGCAGUAAACCACUUGUACUGAAUAAACGAGCGCUGUUCAUGUAUCGGUCUUCCAUGUGGAAUGAUACCUGUAUAUCAGAUUAUGGAGUUUGGGUUCCUUUGGUGCGACUUGAUGGGAGGAUUAGUAUCGGCAUGUAAUGUUGCGAGCAUCAGCUGUAGACAGGACAUAGGGUCGGGGA